GGCGAAAUGAGGAGACGUUCCUUUUGUCCCCGAACCGAUCUCCGAUCAACAACACUCACACUCAUCGGAGACACAGACACAGACACAGACACAGACGCAGAUAGAUGGGUUCCACUUCCACCCUCGCACUGGCUUUUCCGUCCCCAAUCGCAACUACUCUCCGCACCUCCAAAAACCCCCACUCCUCGUCUUACAAGCUCCUCCGUCUCUGUUUGAUCACCACAAGGCUCCAAGCCAUUCAGUCUCAUGCCUCUGGUGGCUAUAGCCAAGCGUCUGAAUUGCCUGAUAUAAGUUGGGACAAUGUUGGCUUCGACAACCCUAUGACUACCGAUUAUAUGUUUACUGUGAAGUGUUCUGAAGAUGGGAACUUUUCCGAUGGUGGGUUACAGAGUUUUGGUAAAAUUGAGUUGAACCCAGCUGCCUGUGUUUUGAACUAUGGUCAGGGAGUAAUUGAAGAAUUGAAAGCGUACAAGAAGCUAGAUAAUUCUAUAGUACUGUUUCGUCCAGAGGAAAAUGGAUUGAGGAUGAGAAUGGGAGCAGAGCGCAUGUGUAUGCCUGCACCAACUGUUGAGCAGUUUGUGGAAGCUGUGAAACUUACUGUAUUGGCAAAUAGACGUUGGGUUCCGCCACCAAAUAAAGGCUUUCUACAUAUCAAACCACUACUUAUGGGGAAUGGACCUGUUCUUAGUCUUACACCGGCUCCAGAAUUCACCUUUCUCAUAUAUGCUUCUUCGAUGGGGAACACCUUUAAGGGGGGACUGGAACCAAUCAACUUAGUGGUUGAAAAUGAAAUCCAUCGUGCAGUUCGUGGUGGAGCUGGAACUGUUAAUGCCAUAGGGAAUUAUGCUAUGGUUUUGAAGACACAGGUGGAGGCAAAAGCAGAUGGUUUCUCUGAUGUUUUGUACCUUGAUUCUGUUCACAAAAGAUAUGUGGAACAGACUUCCACUGCUAACAUCUUUCUAGUGAAGGACAAAAUUAUUUCCACUCCAGCACUGGAAGGGACAAUUUUGCCUGGCGUUACACGCAAAAGUAUAAUUGAAAUUGCUUGCAGCCAAGGGUACCAGGUUGAGGAGCGCCCUGUGUCGAUUGAGGAAUUGCUAGAAGCUGAUGAAGUGUUCUGUACUGGAUAUGCUGUCUGUUUAUCACCUAUAGGCAGCAUAACUUACCUGGGAAAAAGGGUGUCUUACCAAGAAACUGGACUUGGUGGAGUUUCUGAGCAACUGUAUCAGGCUCUUUCAAAUAUACAGAUGGGUCUUGCAGAAGAAAAUAGGGGUUGGAUAGUAACCUUGAAGUAGUAGAAAACAUAGAUUACCAUGGAUGGUAGACUGUAAACAAAACUUCCAUUGGUGAACAAUGAAUAAACGUUUCUGUAGUACAAGUCUUGGUUCAAUUCAACCAAAUGGGACCAUACUUCAGUUUGAUAAUUCCGUAACGGAAAAAUGUUAGGUGACCUUACAUAUGUGUGGCUUCUGUUAAAGUUUGAACAUGUGGCUGCCACGAAGUCGGAUUAUAAACACCAUCCUCCUCCUAAGGCCAAGGAGUCGGAUUGGAAUGGGCAACAGUGUCACCACGUUCUUUUCCGAUGAUGGUUUGGCCUUCUGGCCUUCAACCACGGUGACCAUACGUAUCUGAAAGACGCCACACUAGUACACUUGAUUGAGCUCAUGGAUUUGCACCAAUUAACUAUUGGUUUGUUCUUUUCCUAGUGUGACCUGGCAAACGCAUCCUCAUCGUUGCAAACUGUCAUAGCUAUCUAUCUCUCUUAUUUCUAAAGCUAGGUAGUCAGCUGUCAUUAUCCAUCUCCUAUUUCCUCGAUAAGGAAUAACCAACUAGGCAUUAGCACUUGACCAAUCCUUGUUCUUCUCCU